CUCUUCAGCUGCUAUUUACCAGCACACUUCCCACCCCACCCCAUGUAUCUUCCUGCUCCUCCUCCUCCUUUUUCUUUGCCGUCUGAAAAUAACUUGACGGUAAUCAGUAACAGCUGAUGUCAGGACAUUUACAGUAUCAGACAUUUUUAGUGAGUUGUUGGACACAUUCAACAAAGGGAAGACGGCUUUAUCAGUGGACUCUACCCAACAGCUGCAGACAAACUUUGUGGAUGUUUCCUGAAAUAUGUGGAUGAGAUUGGACAUGGGACAUUGCAAUCAUGUGGAUAAAGUUAACAAAAUUCAAGGUGAUAUUGAUAACAGUUAUAACUCUUUUUGGAGUAGUAUGUUUUCAACAAAAAAAUCAACAGGCCACUAGCAAACUUACAUCAAAUGUUUUAGCAUCCAUUUCCACUGACAAUCAAUCUCAUAGACUGAAAAAUGUAACCUCUAAGCCUAUAACAGCAUAUACCAUUCUAAGCAAAGGAAAUGGAAUCUUAUUUAUGGAGACCACAGACAGAAUGGAACCACCAUCCCUGGUCUUAUGUGCUAUUGAGUCAGCGGCUCGAGUCUACCCUGACAGACCAGUUGUCUUCUUUAUGAAAGGACUGGGGGAUAUCAUGACAGAGGAAGAUGAGCACAGAAUUCGCAAACACUUUCCAACUCUUUUACAUUUUGAUAAUAUCUACUUCUUGCCAUUGAAAAUGGAGGAGCUGUUCAUGUAUACACCACUUAUUACUUGGUAUAAAAAGGUGAACCCCAAAAAAGAAAAGUACUGGACCCAUGUUAUUUCUGAUGCCAGCCGGUUUGCUAUGAUGUGGAAACAUGGUGGAAUUUAUAUGGAUACUGAUGUAAUCUCCAUUCGCCCAAUACCUAAGGAUCAUUUCGUAGCAGCUGAAUCUACUAGAGUUACCAGCAGUAGUGUUUUUGGGCUGCCACCCUUUCAUAGCGUGACCUGGGAGUUUAUGGAAAAUUUUGUGGUGGAAUACAAAGGAUAUAAAUGGGGACACCAAGGACCAGGAGUGUUCACACGUGUUAUAAAAAAGUUGUGUGGAGAGAUAGUAUUUACAUUUUUGGUAGAUACUGUAUGUGGAGAUAUAUUUUACUUUCAUCCUUAUCGUUUCUACCCAAUUUUGUAUACAUCCUGGGAAAAAUAUUUUGAAGUUAAUGAAAAUCCACCAACUUUCACAGACUCGUAUGGCCUACAUCUAUGGAACUAUAAAAACAAAGUUGGUCUAACCAUGGUUCCUGGAAGUAAUACAUUAGUGGAGCACCUCUAUAAAAAAUACUGCCCGCUCACAUAUGGAGCAAUUCUGAGAAAUGAAACAAUUUACAUUUAAAAAUAACUUUACUCA